AUGAGGGUUGGAAUGAAAAUUGAAACUCUGUAUGUAGACGGAAAUGGAAAAUUUACCGUUCAAACUCAUCCCAGUGCCAUUUUUAAAUUCAUUUCUUAUUGUUCUUCUGCAGCAAAUCGGCGAAAGAGAGAAUUAAACAAGGAAGGCCAGCCAUAAAGUUGGUGGGUGGAAGAAGGUGCCCAAUUUCGUCAAAAAACCAAUAAGCUUCCUCCCAAUUUUGUACAGAAAGUUACUGCACGCUCUCUCUUUGGUUUAAUCGUAAUGGGAUUGAGAGAUAUAAGGCACAUGGUGUUACAUUGGGAACAGUGAAGAUAAAUCUUCCAUUCAUCCCUUGUCUUUUCUCUCUGACAUCCCUUUGAAUUUUUGGAGAAAUUUUGGAGAUGGGUUUUGGAGAAUACUGAUAAAUAAGCAAGUUUUUUCGAUUCUGCGCUGUGGGUAUUGAGUAAUAUGCUGAUUCGUGAGCAGAGUUCGGGGAAUACGGAUACUGGUUAUGGAAGAAGGUUAUCGGGUGUUUUUGAAAGUUUGGUGAGGAGAAAGCUGGUGGAUUCUGAUAAUGUAACGAGGGAGAAUCAUCAUCAGCUGGCUAAGAAAUUAUCUGCUCUUGACCUUGUUGCCAUUGGAGUUGGAGCUACCAUUGGAGCUGGAGUGUAUAUUCUGGUCGGAACAGUUGCCAGAGAGCACGCAGGACCCUCUCUUACUAUAUCAUUCUUUGUUGCUGGGGUAGCUGCUGCACUCUCAGCAUUUUGUUAUGCGGAGCUUGCAUGUCGUUGCCCAUCUGCUGGGAGUGCCUAUCACUAUACUUACAUAUGUGUUGGAGAAGGAGUUGCUUGGUUGGUUGGCUGGGCUCUGAUUCUGGAAUGGACAAUUGGUGGUUCUACAGUGGCUCGUGGCAUAACUCCCAAUCUGGCACUGUUUUUGGGAGGUGAAGAUAAGUUACCUGCUUUCUUGGCUCGUAUUUCGAUCCCUGGACUUGGUAUCGUUGUCGAUCCAUGUGCAGCAAUCUUAAUUUUUAUUGUCACUGCAUUGUUGUGCAUUGGGAUAAAGAAGAGUUCAUUGGCACAAACCAUAGUCACAACUGUAAAUGUCUGUGCUUUGCUUUUCAUCACUGCAGUCGGUGGAUAUCUGGGUUUCAGAGAUGGAUGGGUUGGAUAUGAACUUCCAAAUGGGUAUUUUCCCUUUGGAGUGAAUGGGAUGUUUGCUGGGUCUGCAGUGGUUUUCUUUUCGUAUAUUGGAUUUGAUUCAAUUACUAGCACCACUGAGGAGAUGAAAAAUCCUCAACGAGAUUUGCCCCUAGGUAUAGGAUUAACUAUGCUUAUCUGUAGCAUUUUGUAUAUGCUCGUUUCCACGGUGAUUGUUGGCUUGGUACCAUACUAUGCAUUGGAUCCUGACACCCCUAUCUCCUCUGCAUUUGCUAGCUAUCGUGUGCACUGGGCCACGUACAUAAUUACAGUUGGGGCAGUGACUGCUCUUUUCGCCAGUUUAUUAGGUUCCAUUCUUCCUCAGCCCCGGAUUCUAAUGGCCAUGGCUAGAGAUGGAUUGUUACCCUCUAUUUUUGCAGACAUCAAUAAGCACACCCAAGUUCCAGUAAAGGGCACCAUUAUAACAGGUCUCUUUGCAGCAGCUCUGGCAUUUUUUAUGGAUGUUUCACAGUUGGCAGGAAUGGUGAGUGUGGGAACACUUCUUGCAUUUACGACUGUCGCAAUUUCGGUUCUGAUACUCAGAUAUGUUCCACCACAUGAGUCCCCACUUCCAUCAUCACUUCAAGAGGCUAUCAACUCAACAUUAUCACAGUUAGAUGGUGAGAGUCUGGAAACUGCUGUUGGAGAUUCAGCUGGUAUUUGUGAGAAUAAUAUUCAAGAUUCAAGCGAUAAGGGGAACGAUGUACUCGCUUACCCUCUUAUCGAGAGAGCAGUAUCUCGAGAAGAGAAACGGCGAAAAACUGCUGCUUGGGCUAUUGCACUUGUCUGUGUAGGAGUUCUUAUAGUUACAUUCACAGCUUCAGCCAAGUAUCUCCCCAGCAUUCCUCGCUUCACCUCGUGCGGGGUCGGUGGAGUUCUUCUAUUGGGUAGCCUGAUUGUGUUGGCUUCUUUAGAUCAAGAUGAUACAAGACACAGCUUUGGCCAUACAGGAGGUUUUGCUUGCCCAUAUGUACCUUUCUUGCCGGUUGCCUGCAUUCUUAUAAACACCUACUUGCUGAUCGAUCUUGGACUCGCAACUUGGAUAUGGGUUUCGGUCUGGUUUGCAAUCGGAGCAUUGGUUUACGUGUUCUAUGGUCGGACUCACAGCUCACUGGUGAAUGCGGUUUAUGUUCGCUCAGAUUAUGUCAACGAGAUCUACCGCUCUUCGGAUCAUGUAGCAUAGUGUUGUACAUUAUUACAUGGUACCUAGAAAAAGCUUUGCUAUGCUUCAAUGGUGAUCAUGUAAAAUGUAAAUUACCGAAGGACUACAUACUUUAUUCUUGUGGUGUAAGGCAGCACCAUGUGAUAGGUUGAUAUUAUUGUUAUUAAAAUUAUGAUCUUAGAGGUAUAUAUCAAAUUGUAUAUUUUUGCUUCUAA